CUAGUAGUAAAUUCUUACAAAAUAAAGAUACGCGAUAAUGGACAAUCCAUACUCGAUUAAAUUCACAUUUGUAAGCCCAAAUUUAUGUAAAUGUUGGAGCGUAUUAGCAUUUACAGAAAGUUGAGAAUACGUAUAAACAAUGGUUAAAUUCGAUUGGCAGGUUAUUUCUUAACAACAAAAUAACUUAAAACAUUAAUAAUUUAGAAAUAUUCUAUUUUGAUAGUAUUUAGUUUAAACAAUAAGUAUAUUUAUUUUUUCUAAAUUUUCUAAAUAUGUUAGAGAAAACUCAUAUUAACGGUCACAUUUUAUUUAACGUUAAACUGCAUUAAUUAAUUUCUUAUGUUCACUUGAAAAUACGUUUAUGUUUGUGUUUGAGUGUUUAAUCUCUUAUAAAUAUGAGACAAAAUUUCAUUCUAAAAUACCAGAUACAAACAUUUUAAUAUAUUAUAUUAAUAACAUUUGCCACUUAUUUCGAAAACAUUGGCACAAUGGCUCACACUUCUUCCCGAACUACUAUCGUAUUCAUUGUUGUUGCUUUGAUUUGUGCGUUCGUUCCUGCAUUCUCUGUUGAAGAAGCUGAAGCAAAAUCACUAUGGGAUACCUGUCUUCUUAAAAUCAGUCCAAAAUGUGCGUUGGAUAUAAUUGGUGUUGUCUUUGAAAAUUUAACCAUCACUGAUGCAUGUUGUCAUGAUCUUGUACAAGAAGGAAAAAUGUGUCACGAUACUCUUAUCAAAUAUAUUGCUGAGAAGCCGCAUUUAGUUGCCCACGAAACAGAGUAUUUGAAGAAAAGUGAUGAUUUGUGGACUCAUUGUGUCUCAGUUUCGCAAACUGCUUAA